GAACAGCACAGCGGCUCAGACGUCGAGCCAGAUUUCUCUCUAGAGAACACCCUCAUGUUCCUGGAGAAGGUGUACUCCCUGGGGUGCACCGUUGGAACGUUACAACUGGAUAAACUGGUGAUAUUUACACUGUGUGUUUUGAACGAGCAAACAACACUUAGGGCAACCAAAGUGCUGAGAUGGAGAAACGUUGCGGACGAGGAGCUACAGCGCUUCACAUGGGACGUUAUCCCCUUGUUGAUAAACUCCUCGAAGGACUAUCACGUCACGGGCGGCUUUAUCCUGUGGCUGAGAUUCAUGAUCAGCACAUCAAAGAACAAUACACAGUCAAAGGCUUUGAACACAGUCAUUCAGACUGAUGAGUAUUGGCAGUGGAUCCAGGAAGGGCUGACAAGCAGCGUCCAUGAGCAUAGAAAAUACUGCUUAUCCAUUCUAAAGCUGUCCAUUCAACUCCUCAGCACGAACGUGGAUAACAACUUGAUAUCGUUUCACAUUGACCGGAAAGCUGAGAUACAGGAAGAUUGGAAGAGGUUCUGCACUCUGUACGAAAUCGUCGGUGUUGAUACUGCACUGAACCAAGCAAUAGCUGCCCAGGCAGAUAUUGUACAAUUGCUCUCUACAAGCUCGAGAAUCAAACCGUCUUGGGGCUUAGCCUUGUUAUGUACUGGAUUCAAAGGUAACAUGGAGGCAGUACGUAAGUACUCCCUCGAGUUGAUGUACUCUGUUCCUGAAAAGGACCUAUCUAUCUUUGCUCACGAUUUCUUAACCUCAAUCUUUUUGAAAUACGCACUGGAAGGUUCUCAUUUCCAGGUGAAGAAAGUCCAGAGUACGUUCAAAUGCGAGUACGGUGAAAGAUUGGAACGCUUCAUCUCAAAUGUCAUAAGAUCUUUGAAGAAAUCAUCAGUUGAGCUGGAAUCAGUGAUUAGAAACAUCAUGGCUUUACUGGCAAACAUCACAACCACAUAUGCUCCUUCGAGAUUCUACUUGGCAUCUGGUUUGUUGAAGGGGCUCAAGGGCCUACAUGUAUUGGACUCAUCAAUGGCACAGGAUUUGCAUAAACUGUUUGAAUCCACUGCGGAGGAUGAUGUAUGUGAGAUUGCCUUACAAACCGUGCACCUUCGUCUGGUGAAGCAUCUCAUGCCGGAUAUCCCGUUGCUGUUGGAGACAUUAACAAGGUUUGUGCAAUACAAUGGAUAUGAGUUAUACAUGGAGAAUAUUGAAUUCUUCCACGAUUACGUUUCCAUGUACUGCAGCAACGUUGAUGUGGCAUUUGCCACAAGGGAAGUUGAAUUCCAAGUGAUUUAUUAUUCUCUGUUUAACCAAUACUCGUUAUCAGAUGAUUUCCUGAAGGGCCUAGCGAAGAGUGGGAUUGAGCUCGAUUCAAAGCUGGCAACAUCAUUCAGCGAGUAUUUGAGCUCAUUGGUCCAAGGAGAGGCGCUUGAUUACUCCAAUACUACACAUUUAGUGCAAUUGGAUAUGUUUAAGAACAGUUGGGGAUCUGUUAAACUGGAUGCACUUUACAAAUCUGUGUUGAAAGAUCUUUCUAUUGAUAAAUUGGUGUUCUUUAGUGCUAUAUUUGCAAAAGUUUCUGACUGUUCUGACGUCCAGUUUUUCCAAUUUGAGCAAAUUGAGGAGCUUUAUACUGCGUUGACAUCUUUGAAGCUAGACUUCAAAGAUAAAGAUGUGGUGGCAUCUGCAUUCAUCAACAUUAUCUUAGCAUUUUUGAAGAUGACCCCAGUAUCCUCAAACCAAGUGGCUAGGGUGUUGGAAAUACUCACCUUGGAGUUGAAGAACGGUGUGUUUAAGGCAUACACAUCGACUUGUCUAGUUCUACAGCUUUUGUUUAAAAGUUAUGACGAUGUUGACCUCAUAUCAUCGAUGGACAUCUUGGAAUCAAUUUGGGAUCAGAUCACUGCAGAGAGAUUAAUCCUCUCCCAAAGGGAGAUGCACUUGACAUUCAUUGACACCUUAUUUGAUCAGAAAUUGUUGAGGGAUUCGAUUAACAAUGAGUUCAAUGCAAAGAUGAUUCUAAAGAUUGGCAAUGAGAUUAUUUCAGUUUCCCAAACGAGAAGAUGUCUUCUACCACGUCUUUCUUUGAAGUUAUUACAAUAUCAAAGGGCGUUUCCAUCUGAUUUUGAGGUUACUGAAUGGAUUCCUGAGCUGAUCAUCAACCUUUUAACCUUGAUUCAAGACAACACUAACAUGUUUCGGAUUAAGAAUGUGCUUGCUUCUAAAUAUGACACUGAACUAUCUAUGGGCACUGGUGAUCUGUACUCAAAAGUCUAUGGACCUCAAGAGAUUUCGACCAAGGUUAAUAUUGUGAGUAUUCUUUGUAAAGUUUCCUCAACAUUCUGUGAUUCUUAUUGGCAAAGACUCCUUGAUCGUUUUGUUGUUGCAAAGAAAAGAACCGAUGGUACCGAAGAGCUACAAAGAGUCUAUGCAUUUGCAUCGCUAUUACUUCUUUCUAUGAAAGUUUCGUGUGAAUUACUCGAUUCCUCGGUGCAGUUGCUCUUGAGCAAAUUGGAGAAGGAGUCCAGUCCAUGGAUCAGAGCAUAUAUGGAGUGGAUAUGCUCAAUCAAUAUCAUAAGGAGUGCGACAAACAGAUCCACUUUGUUCAACUUAUUCGAAGAUCAAGGUAAACCAACCCUUGUUACAUCCUCUGAAAGAAUUGGAUUUCUCGUUUCACAGAAAUUGACAGGAGAUGAGCGUUUCCAAUUCUUUGAUGAGUUUACCCAAAAGUUGAUUCCUAACUGUGCUUCCAACAAGCCUCUUGUUAGACAUUUCUCAAACUCUCUGAUCUUGUCGUUAUACCCAGAAAUUGAAUCAAAGGGGUUGAAACUACCCGUUAACGAUAUCUUGAAGUGUCUGUUUGAAGAGGCUAAGAAAUCAGAGAUUACCGGUAAGUAUAGAACCGGUGAUGCCUUAUUAUGGGACGUCUACGAAGACUUCAACUUGAUUUCCAUCUUUGGAGGAGUCCUUUGUCGUAUCUCACCAAGAGAGUAUGACGUUAUCACCAAAGAUGAAUUCGAGUUGUACAUCAAUGACAAGGAAUCGUUAAGUGUGCCUAUUGGAGAAGCAAAGCAUCCAAGCUGGAGUGCGUCGGAGAAUUCUAAUAAGGCUACAGCAACCACCACUGAGGCACAAGCAUCCCCAUUGCAGACAAAGAGCGGAGCAUGGGAGUCUGUGCUUGACAUUGACGAAAAUGCCAGGGUUGUAAAGAGAAGUGACUUGAUUGUUGUGAGUUCUCUUGUCGACAAACCACCAAACCUGGGAGGUAUCUGCCGUCUCUGUGAUGUCCUUGGUGCCGGAUGCAUGACUGUUGAUGACCUGAGGGUCAAGUCACACCCGCAAUUCAAGAAUGUUGCUGUCACUGCGGACUAUUGGAUGCCAAUGGAAGAGGUGAAGAUCGAGGACAUUGCCCAUUUCAUGAGGGAGAAGAAGAAAGAAGGGUACACGCUGAUUGGACUCGAGCAGACGGAUAAGUCCGUCGUGCUCGGUAGAGACACCACCUUCCCGAAGAAGUCGCUGUUCCUACUCGGUAAGGAGGCCGAAGGCAUCCCAGGUGACCUGCUCGCAGAGCUCGACUGGUGUGUCGAGAUUAGACAAGUCGGGGUGAUCAGAUCUAUGAAUAUCCAAACGGCCACCGCGGUCCUCGUCCAUGCAUAUGCG